GUCUUCACUUUUCCUCUCAGCGAACUCAAACUGGGGUUUUCUUGUCCUUUACCGCUCUCCGUCCACACCGUUACUCUUCAACUCCUGAAAAUGGCUGAAGCCCCUCCACGGCCCUGCCGGUUUUUCUGUCACCGGUGCUCAGCAGAGGUUACACCCCGUUUACCAGACUACACAUGUCCAAGAUGUAAUUCUGGUUUUAUCGAGGAGCUACCAGAAGAAAUAAGCUCUGAAAAUAGGUCAGCAUCCACUUCCUCUGCCAGUGACCAGAAUCGUCAGUCCUUUGAGGACAUGGAUCACCAGCACUUCUUCACAUUUCCCUCUGGAUACGGUCCGUUCGCCCUCGGCAUCUUCGAUGAUAACUUUGACGUCCGAGCGCGGUUACCCUCAGAGGAUAACAGAGAGGCAGAAAACAGGAGAGAAAGGGAAAUGGCAUCGCGGCAACGAUACAGUGCACGGCAACCACGUGGUCGCUACUUUCCUCGGCGACAGGGUACGCGCCAUGAGGGAGUGCCCACAUUAGAGGGAAUUAUCCAACAGCUGGUCAAUGGAAUCAUAGCACCUACAGCCAUGCCGAAUAUAGGGAUGGGAUCAUGGGGUAUGCUGCAUUCCAACCCCAUGGACUAUGCCUGGGGAGCUAAUGGUCUAGACGCAAUCAUAACACAAUUGUUGAACCAGUUUGAAAACACCGGCCCCCCUCCUGCAGACCGAGAAAGAAUCAAGAGUUUACCGACAAUAUCCAUCACACAGGAACACAUCAGUGCUGGCUUAGAGUGCCCCGUGUGCAAAGAAGACUACAGUAUUGAUGAGCGGGUUAGACAACUACCAUGCAACCAUUUGUUUCAUAACGACUGCAUAGUGCCAUGGCUGGAGCAGCACGAUACCUGUCCUGUGUGCAGGAAGAGUCUAAGUGGACAGAACACAGCCACAGACCCCCAAGAGUUAUCAGGAAUGAACUUUUCUCCUUCCUCGUCCUCCUCUUCCUCCCCAAGCUCUCCCAGUAAUCACAAUGCUGCCAGCAACUCAUAGGUUUCUUCCACUCCUAAAAAAAAGACCCCAAAACAAAUCAGGUGAGACCCAGCAGCUCCUCUCUCCUGCUGAGGAGGUUCAUUCUGGGAUUCAAACUUGACUUUUAGCAUCAUUCCUCCCCCUCUGCUGCACAGAUUAUUGUUCCUGCUCCUGCUGCUAUUUGUGCUGAGUGCUUGAGGAUUUUAACUGAGGAUAUAAAAUAUGAAUUGAACUAUAAGAUUUUGAACUUGAGUUAAAGUUGAGCCCCACAGUGGACUGCUUUUGGGCUGAAAGAAGUCCUCGCCUCAAGGCCGGGACACAUGUUUGUCUGUUUUUUAAGGCAGGAUGCUCUAUUAUUUAAGAUUUUGCCUUUGGUGUGGUGGAGAGUCCAUAGAUGUGUAGAAAUGAAAAUGCAUUUCCAAAUAUCAACUAGACUCAAACCUCAUAGAAAAAAAAAUUGUUUUGGUUUGUAACUUAUUCUUGCACUUUUAUUUUGCACACUAUUCUGUCUGAUGAUGGGAAUUUGACUUCAUAUAUACAAUUGUACAUACAAAUGUUUUUUUUUUUACUUGUUACAUUUAAUAAAUAUUUGAACACACAUUUAUUUCUUAUUAGACCUCAGUUGUUAUAAAAGGUGAAAGUACAUUUUCAUCUUGAUUGAUUAAAGACACAAUUUUAAUAAAAUAAAUUCUUGUGAAGUGUUUCACUAAACCCAAGUGUUCAAAUAAAACACUUUUUUUUUAAAGAUUAGAAGAUAAAACAGGAAAAAGUCAUGGGAUUGUCUUAUUUGUGUGAAACUAGUCAAGUAAUGUUCAACGAAAUGUUACUUGCUGUAUUUUUGUAUAGUCACAAUAAAGUGUUAAGAUCAAGAUUUCACAUUUUUAAUAAAGUUUUAUAGUUUGAA